AUGGAUCUUUCUCUCUGUUCUCUUUCUCUCUUCUCUCUGCCUUCAAUCACUGCCGAUCUUAGCCACCGCCCGUCGCCGUCCAUCACCACUGGUGGUCACCGCCGCUCAUCACCACAGUUCCCUCUUUUUUCUGCUCAGUUCAUCAUGUCAACUUCUAGACCAGCCCGUAAUUCUGAUGCCCCUGCCUCUACCCCUGUCCCUGCCCCUGUCCCUACCUCUGCCUCUGCUGGCCAUGCUGCUGGAACUGCUGCUCGUCCUGCAGCUGCUAUCCGUGCCAGUAGGAUUGAUCCAGGGUGGAAAUAUGUUACUGCUGUAGAAGAGAGAAAUACCAAUGACAUCAUAUGUAAUUUUUGUGGAAAAAUUACGAGAGGAGGAAUUACACGGGCAAAGGAGCACUUAAUGAUUAAGCCUGGGAAUGUUGCUGGAUUUCUACAACCAGAAAAAAAAAAUCGUGGAAGACAAAGUUCUACGCCGGCAAGCACUGAGGAACAUAGUGUCAAUGCUAGGGAGCUUGAUUUAGAUAGUUUGGGUUUUGGAUUGUCAGAGGAAGAUGCUCAAGGAAUUGAUGAAAUUCCAAAUCCAACUCCAAUAGCAGCAGCUAGAGGGGGGGCAAGUUCUAUGAGAGGUCCAAUGGACUUGUUUAUGAAAAGACCUAAAACUGCCAUUGCAAGAAACAAAAAGGAGAAAUUGAGGCAACAGAAUAUCAAGGAAGCAUGUAAUAAGGAAGCGGUUUGUAGAGUUCAUCGAUACAUAGCCCGGUGGUUCUACCAAGCUGGGAUUCCAUUGAAUCCAGUGAGGUUGAAGAGUUUUCAAGAAAUGUUGUGGGCUAUUGGAAGCUUUGGUCCUAAUUUACCUGCUCCCACUUAUCAUGCUCUAAGGGUGCCACUCCUUAAUGAGAAAUUAGAAUACACCAAAGACUUGUUGAAGGGUCAUAAGGAACAACGAGAAAAGUAUGGCUACUCUAUUAUGUCAGAUGCUUGGACGGAUAAGAGACAACAGAGCAUUAUCAAUUUUCUUGUAAACUCUCCUGCUGGGACAAUGUUUUUGAAGUCUAUUGAUGCCUCUGAUUAUGUGAAGACGGGUGAAAAAAUGUUUGAGCUUCUUGAUGGUAUUGUUGAGGAAAUUGGGGAGCAAAAUGUUGUUCAAGUUGUAAUUGACAACGGGAGCAACUAUGUUCUAGCUGGUAAGUUGUUGAUGGAGAAAAGACCGAAUUUGUUUUGGACCCCGUGUGCUGCCCAUUGUUUGGAUUUGAUGCUUGAAGACAUUGGGAAGUUACCGUUAAUCCAAAAAACCAUAAAAAGUGCCAUUUCUUUGGUUAGCUUCACUUAUAGCCACUCUAGCACUUUAUCCAUGUUGAGACAAUUCACAAAUGGCAAGGAAUUGGUGAGGCAUGCAGUCACCCGAUUUGCCACUUCAUUUUUCUCUUUGGAAAGGCUUUAUGAGGAGAAAGGAAAUCUAAGAAGAAUGUUCACUUUGGAUGAGUGGGUAAGGAAUAAGUUGUCAAGGGAGGCAAAGGGGAGGAAGGAAACAAAGAUUGUUAUUAGGCCCUCCUUUUGGAAUCAUGUCAAGUACACCCUUAAGAUCAUGGGGGCCUCUUAUUCGGGUGCUUCGACUUGUUGA